AUGGAGGUUAGGAAAAGCCUUUUUAGGAUAAUUUUGAGUAUAGGUCACGAAAGUGCUCGCAAGAAGGGCAGAGAAAGUAGCCUAAUAAGGCAAUCUUAUUUGAAUAAAUCAAUAGUGAGGCCUGGUUCCAGCCAUCACGGGAGAAUGGGCAUACCGGAUACUUUUACUCCUCCAUGAAGAAACCACUCGUCGAAGAAAAAGCCAGAUUCAGAAAAUUGACAGCAAAUAACCUCAAAAAAUAAAAGACAGGCAAAUGGGAAACGGGGAAGAGAUCAUUCAUUGGGAUAUUUUAACAAAAAUUCAAACAGUUGUGUAAACUCGAGUUUUAGAAAGCCUCAGGCUUAUCACAGAAAUUCAAGAGACAAUCAUAGACAUAAUUCUGGAUCGAAUUCCUCUAAAAACCGCAAAGGUUCUAAAACCUCUCAUGGAAGGUCUAAAAUAAAGAGCAGUAAUAAGGAGAAGAAUAGAGAGAAAAGAUGUGGCUCUAGUAUUGCUGCACAUAAGUUAAACAGUUCUUUAUUUGGUAACGAUAUUGAGUCCAUGCUGUUAGACAAGAAGAGGUCAAGCAAGAAGAUUAAUAUCAGAAGCAGAUCUAAGUCAAAGAAAUCCCCUAAGUCUAAAUAAAUUUGAAGAUACAUUUGCAGAUCCUUCUUUUCAGCAUACUAAUUUAAAUAUGUCACAAAUGUUUAACUAUUAUUCAAAUUAUCCAACCAAAGAAUUUCUAAAGAACUGCACCAGUCAUAAUCAGAGGGAGAAAAGUCACAGUAGGAAGUUUAGCAAGAACCUUCAGCAUGCCUAUCGCUCCUAUACAUCAAACUCGGUAAAUAAGAGGGGUAAAAGCAAGAUGAAAAAUAAGCAGCCUUCUAUUCUGUUGCAAGCUCUUAAUAGGAAAUCUAAGAACAUUGCUAACAUUUUGGACGUUCCCCUAGUCAAACACAGCAAAUCUUCGAAUAAGAACAAGGCCAAAAAUGGAGGGAAAUUAAGCACUCAUGCAAAAGUUCUGGCUAGCAUUAAAGAUUGGACUGAUGCUCAGUACACUAGAAUGGACAGGCAAGAUCAGUAUAACUCCUCUAAGAAGCAUAAAGAUAACAAAAAGAAUUCCUCUAGCUUCCUAUUUAAUUUUAAAAAUGCGAACCCAUCUGGAAGCAAAAAGAAGCGAUCUGGCAAGAGAUCAAGGUGUAGAGAUGAAACUGCAAGUAGAGCUAAGUCUCGGGAUAAGGUAGAGAACAAGACUCUUGAGUGUAAUAGUGCUAUCAAUACUUAUCAGAAUAGUAUUAUGAGAAAAGACCAGUCUCCUCUUUCCUUUUUCUGUCCAGAAAAUCUCCAAUUUAAGGACGAAAGUGGGCUCAUGAUAGAUAGAAUGCAAGAAAGCAUGAAGUUGACUAGCCAACUCUCUAGUUUAGAGAAGGUACUCAAAAGAAAAAUCAGGGAAAUUUGCUCAAACGAGCAGAUCUCAGUCGCUUCAGAAAAGGAAAAUUUAAAAUACUCUUCUGAAGCCGAAGAGGAAAAGGUGGAAUGAGUGGUUCAAACUCUACUUGAAAUAUCUGAAAUACACCCAUUCUCUACCAAACUUUUUGUCAUGAUUAAGGAAGGAGUGGAGGACUGCCUCCAACGCUUACAUUCAAGAGAAAAAUUUAAAAAUAUCUGACUCAAAGACUCCUUAAAGAAGGCUGAAAGUGAGUUGAAGAAAGAGAGAGUUGAAAGAGAACUUUUAGAGUGCCAGUAUGCAGAAAUGCAGCAAAGGAUCAAAACUAUGCAUAAAUUAGACCAGGAAUAUGAUAAAUUAAAAUAAGCAGCUAGACGAUCAGGAAAAAGGCUCCCUUAAAUUUCGAGAACAAAUCCAGUGGCUCCAAAAUAGGGAAGAAGAGGUCAUAAAGAGGCUUGAUUUGAACGAAAUUGAUCUUCAAACUGAAAGACUUGGGGUCUUUGGGGUUGAAGUAGACAAUAACAAGCAGAAAGAAACUCAGAACCCUAAAAUCCCUCCUUUGAAUAUGGAUAAGCUAAAAUUAAUGAAAGAACGAGAUGAGUAUGACUACGAAGAAGAAGAGGAGGAAGAAGAUAGCGACGUCGAAAAGGAAUACCUUGAGGAUGGAAGUCUCGCCCUCUCCGAAAAUAAGAGAGAAGAUGAGCUCAGGAGGAGAAAAGAGCAAGUAAUUUCUCUUCUGAACCAGACAUUCCAUGAGAACGAUCACUAG